AUGCCUGGAUCAGCUACAGCUCUCCGACAAGAGAGACUGAAGAAGACCCAUGCAAGGCCAGUCCCGCUUGGUCUAUUCACCAUUAAUGAGGAAGAUGAGCAGCAGAAGAAUGGACAUUCCAGAAGACCAAAAGCGCCUGAUGGCAACAAAGUACAAGAUAAGAAAACCGCUGCCUCCCACCGGCCCUCCACUACUAUUUCAGGACAAAACAGCAGCCACUCAGGAAAUAAGCCAGACCCGCCACCUGUGCUGCGUGUUGAUGACCGGCAGAGGCUUGCGAGGGAGCGGCGUGAGGAGCGGGAGAAGCAGCUAGCUGCAAGAGAGAUCGUCUGGUUAGAAAGGGAAGAGCGGGCCAGGCAGCACUACGAGAAGCACCUGGAGGAGCGGAAGAAGAAGCUGGAGGAGCAGAGGCUGAGGGACGAGCGGAGGCGGGCUGCCGUGGAGGAGAAGCGGCGGCAGAGACUCGAGGAGGACAAGGAGCGUCAUGAAGCCGUCGUGCGACGUACAAUGGAGAGGAGCCAGAAGCCAAAACAGAAACAAAACCGGUGGUCAUGGGGAGGUGCUCUCCACGGGAGCCCAAACAUCCACAGCACAGAUCCAGACAGGCGGUCAGUUUCCACCAUGAAUCUUUCGAAACAUGUUGAUCCCGUCAUUAGCAAGCGGCUCUCCUCUUCAUCUGCAACUUUACUAAAUUCUCCAGAUAGAGCUCGCCGCCUGCAGCUCAGCCCGUGGGAGAGCAGCGUGGUUAACAGACUGCUGACGCCCACACACGCGUUCCUGGCCAGGAGUAAAAGCGCAGCUGCCUUGUCUGGAGAUGCAGCAUCUUGCAGCCCCAUCAACAUCACGCCCUACAGAGCCGCACACUCUAGAAACCCACUGGAGCGACCAAAAUUCUUUGUAACACCACCCGAGGGCUCCGCGAGAAGGAGGACUGCUCACGGUGCAGCGGGCUAUAAAAGAGAGAGGGAGAGAGAGAAUGUACCCUUCCACCUCACAUCCGGCAGCCAAAGGUCUCUGUCUCCAUCUCAUCCCAAAGCCAGAUCAUCAGCUUCCUCCCGACUUUGGCUCCCAUCCAAGUCCUUUCCCCAUCUGCCCGGCACCCCCAGACCAGCACCCUCCACGCCUCCUGGACCAGUCAAAGCUGCCCCUGCUCAGGUCCGGCCCCCCUCCCCCGGCAACAUCCGCCCUGUCAAGAGAGAAGUCAGAGUGGAACCUGAGAGAAAAGACCCUGAGAAGGAGCCUCCGAAAGUUUCCAGUGAGCCCUCCCUUAAGGGCAGAACACCUUUGGUGAAGGUAGAAGAGGCCACAGUUGAAGAGGCAACAGCAGUCGAAGCAGAGGCUGCCCCCGCUGCUCCGGCGGCAGCCGCAGCCCCAGCUCUGGCCCCAGCCCCGACACCAGCCCCGCCGUCCACUCUGACUGCCAGUGCCUCUCCGAAAACCUCUGCGGGGACCACCGACCCAGAAGAGGCCACGAGGCUGCUGGCUGAGAAGAGGCGGCUGGCCCGAGAGCAGAGAGAGAAGGAGGAGAGAGAGAAGAGGGAGAAGGAAGAGCUCGAAAGACAAAAGCGAGAAGAACUGGCCCAGAAGGUAGCUGAAGAGAGGAGCCGCCGAGAGGAGGAGGCCCGCCAGCUGGAAGCUGAGCUAGCCCGGGAGCGGGAAGAGCAGCUGCGGCGGCAGGAGGAGGAGCGGGCCCGGCGCGAGCGGGAGGAGAUGGAGCGCAUCCGCAAACAGAAGGAAGAAGAAGCUCGUGUUCGGGAAGAAGCAGAGAGGGCCCGGCAGGAGCGGGAGAAGCAUUUCCAGAGAGAAGAGCAAGAGCGCCUGGAGAGGAAGAAGCGACUUGAGGAGAUUAUGAAAAGAACCAGAAGAACAGAAGCUUCAGAUAAGAAAACUGUUGAUCAGAGAAAUGGAGAUAUAACCAAGGGAACUCCCUCUGGAGAAACAGCAGUAUCUACACUUCCAAAUAUGACAAACUCUCCAGGAUCGGAGGAACUAGAGGCCAGCACCCAUGUGGUUACCUCUCAACAAUCAAAAAUGACUGUGGACAGUACUCCCAGUUUGGAAAAACAACCAAGUGAAAAUGGAAUAUCAGUUCAGAAUGAAAAUUUUGAAGAAAUUAUAAACUUACCCAUUGGAUCUAAACCAUCCAGACUAGAUGUCACCAACAGUGAGAAUCCAGAUAUUCCUUUGAAUCCAAUUUUGGCCUUUGACGAUGAAGGGACACUCGGGCCCCUGCCUCAGGUAGACGGUGUUCAGACACAACAGACAGCAGAAGUUAUAUGA